AUGGUAGAACAAAGUGAUAUAGACAGACAUUAUGAGAGGAGGAGUCAGUUGGAAUUACUUGUUGCUGAAGAUGUAUAUCGAAAGACACUUAUAGAAUUAGCGGUGUUUAAAUUGGUAUCACUAAUUAAUCCAAUUGAGAAACCAAAACAACAACAUCAAGAAGGAGAACCACAACUGCCGAUCCAAGUUCCAGACGAAUCACCAAGAACUCUACGGGCACUUCGGAAACAGAAAGAAAGGGAAGCUGAAGAAAGACAGAGACUAGAAAAGGAGAAACCAAUCGAGAUCCCACUACCACCUCCACCUGCCGCAGAAAUUCCAGAAUUGGUUGAUGAAUACGAAUUGAAACUAAACAAAUUAAAACAAGAACAUUCAGUUAAGGCAAAGAUACAAGAAGCAAGGAUAAGUCAACUUGCAGAAGAGAAUGAAUCUUUGAAAGCACAAAUUAAAGAAUUAAAAUCCCUCCAAGCCAAAGCCAAACCUCCCACCACUACUACUAAAACACUAUUAUUGAAAGAAAAUACUAAACCACCCAGGAGAGGAUUGUUUGACCUGUCCUUCGGGUUUUCACCCCUACGAUCACCUUCAUUUACGAAAAGACAACAACAGACAUAUGACACUCCAUUUCUAAGUCCAUCCCGAAAGGAAGCGAAACGCAAUUCAUCUCAACAGUCUUCUCCUUCUGAGAAGGCGCCACAGCCUAUGACACAUCUAGAGGAAGUAAUAUCCAAAAAACCCUCGACUCCAACAAAGACUCCCACCAAGGUCAUCCAAUCAUUCGAUAAAUCAGAUUCACCUAUUUCUUCACCCGAUUUUUCUCCCAGAAUAGAGACAGUUGGUGAUAUGAGCUUAAUGGGCUCAUCCACUCCAGCAACCACCAAAGAAUCACAUCACAUAGCAGAAACUAGCGGAAUUUCAGAAUAUGAAAGUGCAAAAUCUUCCCUAUCAAUCAAAGUAGAAGAAAGAAAAGAGAAGAAAAUAAAACUAUGGAAAUCAGACGCGUUUAAGACUUCAUUAUUUAAUAAGAAAAUACAUGGAUUGGAAGACGAAUCGUUUAAUAUGGUGAAUUACUAUCUGGAUAAGAAUUUUGAAAUAAAUCCCGAUGGUGGUGCGUCACCACUUGUAAAACGUGUGUUGCCAGAGAAAUUGGAAUUGGUUGAAAAGAAGGAUCCCACUACUUCGGAGAAGGAAACUGGUAAUGUUGAAGAACAGGCGGGGAAGAAGAGAAGGAAGGUGUUUACGAUUGAUUGA